AUGAGCUCCUACUUCGUCAACCCGCUCUACUCCAAGUACAAGGCGGCCGGCGGGGGCGAGCCGCCCAUCAGCCCCGCGUACUACGACUGUCACUUCGCGCCCGCCGCCGCCGCCGCCGCCCUGCUCUACGGGAACAGCGCCGCGGCCGCUGCGGCAGCCGCCGCCGCCGCCUCCUCCGGCUUCCCCCCGCCGCCGGGCCCGGGCCCAGGCGGCGGCGGCGGCGGCAGCGGCCCGGAGUACUACCACCUCCACCAGCAGCAGCAGCAGCACCAGCAGCCUCUCCACCACCAGCACCAGCCGCCGCCGCCGCACCUGGCCGGGGGGAGCCCCGCCGCCUACCCGCCGCCUCCGCAGGCCCCCUGCGCCGGCCCGCCUUGUCCCGGGGAAGCGGCCAAGUUUUUCGGAUACGAGCACUUACAGCGACAGGCGCUUUUUACGACGCACCCGGAGGCCGAGCUGGUCCACUACGCCGACUGUAAAUCGUCCGGCGCGAACCUUGGCGAGGAACCAGAGCGCUUAAAUCAGGGCGCGUCGCCGGCGCCCCUCUUCCCCUGGAUGAGACCGCAAGCUCCUGGUAGGCGGAGAGGAAGACAAACAUACAGCCGCUUCCAGACUCUCGAGUUGGAGAAGGAGUUCCUUUUUAACCCUUAUCUGACCAGGAAGAGAAGGAUCGAGGUCUCUCACGCGCUGGGACUCACCGAGAGGCAGGUCAAGAUCUGGUUCCAGAACAGGAGGAUGAAAUGGAAGAAAGAGAACAACAAGGACAAAUUCCCAGCGGCCAGGCAAGAGAUGAAGGAGAGCGGGGAAGCCAAGAAGGAGGCUGAGGAUGAUCUAGAAGGCGGAGGAGAUGGCCUCACGGAUUAA